UUCUCUGAUUCUCCGAACUAAUACUGAUUGUAUGUUUCUGAUUUCGUUUAUUUUAAUAUUAAAUAUUAAAAUUUUGUAUUAUCGCUUCGCGUCUCUUAACCCAUUCUUAAUCCUGAAACAGGUACUACACCACCGUCCCCCAGAUUAUACUGCAGUAAUUGAAUUCAAAUAUCGCGUUAAAAGUGGUUAUUUUAAAUCCACUACAAACCAAAUCAUUCGUUCAUUAUUUUGAGCCAACUAAAAUAAUAUAUUAUCAUGGAUGGGUCUAAGAUGUCGCAAGAUGAACUCGUGGAAAAAUUAAAACAUCAAGUGGCGUUAGAAAAUAUAGAGCUAUUAUUGAUGAAAAUGAGUCGAUUGUGUUUCAACAAGUGUAUUAUAAAGCCAGGACCUUCACUAGAUAGUACUGAACAGAAAUGUGUUUCAAUGUGCAUGGACCGAUAUAUGGAAACAGUGAGUCUAGUUUCAAAGUCCUUUGGUGAACGACUAAUGGCUGAAUCCCAAAAUAUGCAUUAAACUAAAACAACAAUGCAUCAAAUGAGUGUUACUUGUAGCUAUAGUUUUCUGUCAUUCGUACUGUUAAUUGUUUAUUUACAUUUGUAAUUAAUUUUUAAAUACUACAAAUAAUUUGAUUGUAUAAAAGUAAAAAAUAAACAUCAGAAGUCUAAAAUCUUGUUAUUUUGCAAAGAAAUAUUCAAAGAUGUAUGUUAUGAGUCCUUAUCUUUUCUGGGCUGCCAUUUUGAGU